AUGACAGCUGACAAGGUUGGCGCAUUCUAUCUGGGAUUCGACCUCUCAACACAGCAACUGAAGUGUUUGGUGAUCGACCAAAAUCUGGCCUUAGUACACUCUGAGACCAUAGGAUUCGACAAAGACCUGAGCCACUACAAAACCACCAAAGGCGUCUAUCUGCAUGAAGAUGGGACUGUGGAGUGUCCAGUAGCGAUGUGGCUCGAGGCCGUCGAUCUAGUCUUCGAGAGGAUGUCAAAGCACAAGCACAUUGACCUGAGCUUGGUCCGUGCAAUGAGUGGCUCUUGUCAGCAGCACGGUUCGGUUUACUGGGCUGAAUCAGGACCCGGGUUGCUUCCGAAGCUCGAUUCCAAGCAAUCAUUAAAGCAGCAAUUGUAUCCGGAGGCGUUCUCCAGAAACGUGGCGCCAAACUGGCAAGACCACAGUACCGGAGAGGAGUGCCGAGAGUUCGAGGAAAGCUGCGGAGGCGCGGCACAACUCGCUCAAGUCACCGGCUCUCGUGCUCACCACAGAUUUACGGGUCCGCAAAUAAUGAAGAUCGCUAAAAAAGAACCAGAGGUUUAUCGUGCAACAUCUAAAGUCUCGCUGGUGUCGUCCUUUUUAGCUUCUAUCCUGGCAGGUGAAUUCACGCCGUUGGAAGAAGCGGACGCAUGCGGUAUGAACCUGUACAAUAUUGACAAGCGCGACUACGACGACAAACUGUUACGCAACGUGGACGACGACACAGAAACCCUAAGAUCAAAGCUCGGAGGGCCCCCUAUCAAUUGCGACAAACCCGCGCCUGUUGGCACUUUAUCACCAUACUUUGUUGAGAAGUAUGGUUUGAACCCCGAGUGCCAGAUCUUCCCCUUCACUGGCGAUAACUUGGCAACUAUCUGUUCUCUACCGCUUCAGCCCAAUGAUGUUCUGGUGUCCUUGGGUACAAGCACUACGAUUCUUCUGGUCACCGACCAAUACCACCCAUCCCCUAACUACCAUCUGUUCAUCCAUCCCACCAUUCCCCGUCACUACAUGGGGAUGAUUUGUUACUGUAACGGUGCGUUGGCUAGAGAGCGUAUCAGAGACCAACUCAGCGAAACUCACGACUGGGAGCCUUUCAACGCGGCGGUAAAAUCUACCACGCUCAACACUGACAACGAAAUUGCUUGCUACUUUCCCCUGGGGGAGAUUGUGCCAAACGUACCCAGCUCUUAUCGCAGAGCAACGUUUGCCAAGUCUCCAGACUCUCAGGAGGUGAAGUUGGAAUUAAAAGAUGCAUUCGCUGACAUUGCACACGAUGCCAAAAACAUCGUUGAAAGCCAAGCUCUCAGCUGCCGUGUGAGAAUCAGCCCCCUGCUAUCAAAGGAUUGUGCGGAUCCAAGCGUCGACUUGGGCGACUCAAUGGUGCAUUUUGACUGUGAUGACUUUCCUCUCUCAGAGUACAAAAAGCGUCCAAGAAGAGCGUUUUUUGUGGGUGGUGCUUCGAAAAACGAUGCAAUUGUCGAGCGCUUUGCUCAAGUGCUCGGAGCCACAGAUGGAAACUUCCGUCUGGAAACCCCCAACUCAUGCGCACUUGGUGGUUGCUACAGGGCUAUGUGGUCCCAUUUGUACUACGGAGGUCUCACUAAAGCACCCUUCGACAACUUCCUCAACGAGCAGUUCAGAUGGGACACGGAUGUUCAGUCUCUGAGCUUAACAAAGGACAAAGAGUGGCAGUACUUUAACAACAAGAUACAAGCCCUCAGUGAGUUAGAGAAGACUCUCUAA